AAACACACACAACUUUCUCUACCAAUUCUAUAUAUACUACCUUGUGAAGCUAUCUAUGGCUCAUUUGCUUUUGCUUAUUUUGCUCUUUUCUGCUCAACUGAUUGCUGGAUUCAGUGCCCAAAAGCUUUCUCCAUCAAACAAUGAAAUCACUAUAACUAUUCUGAGCAUUGAUGGAGGUGGUAUCAGGGGCAUGAUUCCAGCAAAAGUUCUUGAAUACUUAGACAAGGCUCUUAAGGCUAAGGAUCCAAAUGCAGAUUUAGCACAUUACUUUGAUGCGAUAGGAGGAACCAGCACCGGUGGACUCAUAACAGCUAUGUUAGCCGCACCAAGCCCUGAUGAUCCUACUCGUGCUGCUUUCACUCCUGCACAAAUUGUAGACUUCUACAGACAAGAAGGCCCUCAUAUAUUCAAUUCGUCUAGACCUGGAAUCGGUCCUCAAUUCGAUGGGGAGUAUUUACAUAACAUAACUCGUGAACUGUUGAAGGAUACACGACUUAGUCAAACACUGACCAAUGUUGUAAUCCCAUCUUUCGACCUCAAGAAACAAAAGCCAGUUAUAUUCUCAAACUACAAGCUUGAGGAUGCUCCGUACUUAAAUGCGUUGUUGUCGGAUAUAUGCAUAUCCACUUCAGCUGCACCCUCUCAGCUACCACCUUACUAUUUUGUGAACGAUGGUGUUGAGUUCAAUAUGAUUGAUGGUGGUGUAGCCGCUGGGAAUCCGACACAAGCAACGAUAAGUGAAGUGCUACAACACAAUGAAUAUCCGAAAAUCUUGGUGCUGUCUUUGGGAACAGGAACAGAAAAAUAUGUGGAGAAUUUUCUUUUUGAUGCUCGCUUGGCUGCGUUUUGGACACCAGAAAUAUGGGCUGGUGUUGCAAUCGAUAUGCUUGGUCGUGCUUCUUCAGCCAUAACUGAAUAUUACCUUGCUUCACUCUUUUCAGGCUUUCAACCUCCUCAGAGUACCUAUCUUCGAAUUGAUGAACACGACUUGAAUCAUGAUUUCUCCAACUCAGUUAAUGUUACAAAAGAAAACUUGGAAGGCCUUGAGAAGACUGGAGAACAACUGUUACAAGAAAAAGUUGUGAAGAUGAAUUUGACUACUUUCAACUUAGAAGAAGGCGUGGGAACAAAUGCUGAGGCUCUUGACAGGCUUGCUGAUAUUUUGUACGAAGAAAGACAACAUCGUAAAAAAGGAAAAUUUAUAGGAAAUGGAGGAAGACCACUUCUUGAAAUUCUUGGGGUUCGUUCGGACAAAUAUCAAACAAAUUGGGCAUUCCCAAAGAACUUAUUUAUUUAAAGUCGUCACCUUGUGUUAACUAUGUUCUUUAUCCAUGCUUGUUGUACUAUAAAAUAAGGUUCAUGGCAUGUGAGUUCUAUGAAACUCUUAUAGCUAUCUAGAACCAUGAAAUAAUGUACCAUGUAUCUGUAUUAUAAUAAAAUGUUCUCUCCGUGUUUGUUUUAA